CCCAAGUGGCUUAGUUAUGGUGGAAAUACUUUCUUCUUCGCUGUCUUCUCUGCUACUCAAGCACAUGAAACUCACCGCAGCCAGGUUCAAGAUGACCUGCAGGGGGAAGCCCGGUGGGAGGCUGUUGGUGGCAUCAGACAGGAGGAUACUCAUGGGGAAAGAAAGAACCGUGACGUCAGAGACAGGGCAGCGUUCCUGGGAGGAGUUAAGAAGCCUGGUCACUCGUAUUUGGCAGCCCAUUUGACCCAGCCGUCCUGCCAGAGUCGUUGUUGGCUGGGCUGCACUGAAAGAUGUACUUCCACUGGGCUGCAGACUUCCCGCCGCCGCGGCUCCUGAUGGGGAGAGAUGGCCUUGAGCUCUUACAGGCAGCCAGUGGGGAGCGCCACUCUCUGCUACUGUUCAGCAACCACCGGGUGUACUCCUGUGGGGACAACAGCUUGGGCCAGCUGGGCCAGAAGAGAGAGCAGAAUUCCGAAGAGCCAGAACCCAUUCAGGCCUUGGAUACUGUGCACGUUGACCUUGUGAGCUGUGGGAAGGAGCACUCCAUAGCUGUCUGCCACAAAGGAAGGGUCUUUGCUUGGGGAGCAGGUUCUGAAGGGCAGCUGGGGACUGACAAAUUUGAGAAAAUAAAUUUAACACCUAUGAAAAUAAAAGCUCUGGAUGGCAUAAAAAUAAUCCAAGUUUCCUGUGGACACUACCACUCCUUGGCAUUAUCAAAAGAUGGUCAAGUGUUUUCCUGGGGAAGCAACGCACAAGGGCAGCUGGGCCUGGGGAAACAGUCCGGUGCCCAAGCCAAACCACAGAAGGUGAAGACCCUGCAGGGAAUCCCGCUGGCUCAGGUGGCUGCAGGUGGCGCUCACAGUUUUGCUCUCUCUCUCACGGGGACUUCAUAUGGCUGGGGAAGCAACAGUGUUGGGCAGCUGGCCCUCAGUGGGAAAAAUGUCGAAGCAGUGCAAAUCUACAAGCCUCAUGCAAUUGGUGCCCUGAAGAAUCUAGGUGUGAUUUAUAUCAGCUGUGGUUAUGAGCACACUGCAGUGCUUACCCAGGAUGGGCAAGUGUUUACAUUUGGAGCCAAUAGCUCUGGGCAGCUACAGAACAGCCCCAGGGGUGAGAGAAGAGGCCCACAACUCAUGGAAGGAAUUGGUGGCCAAGUUUCAAAGAUAGAGUGUGGAAGUUAUCAGACCAUUGCGUAUGUCUACACCACCGGUCAGGUGGUGUCUUUAAGCCAUGGACUACGUCCCACAAGCAGCCCAACUCAUCAGGAGGCCCCAGCAGAGAGUUCUAACAUUACCUGCCUACUCUCUGCAGAAGACCUUGUGGAUGUUCAGGUCAAAGACAUUUUUGCUGGAGCAUAUGCCAACUUUGUAACAACUCGUCAGCAUACUAGGUCCACAAGUGUUUCCACGAAAAUCCUGCCAAAAAUUAGCCGAAUCAACCAGUCACUGGCAGAGAAAUGGAGAGCAGCAAAACGAAAGAAAGAGUGUGAAGAAGCCAAAAGGGAAAUCAGCAUCAUAUUUUCAUCUUGUGCUUGUUUGACUGCAAGCUUUUUGAAGAAAAGAGACACCGGAGAGGAGAAUUUUAUUGACGUGGACUUAAAAAUGGCAAGGAAUGUCUUCAAGAAGUUAACAGCAGUGAAAUGGAUUUCUUCCUCGAUAACCACAUGUCUUAAGGAUAAUCUGAUCAGAAAUCUUCCGUACCAUUCUCAACAUCAAGAUGCUCUAUUGAUUUUUCUUUUGCUCCCAGAAUGUCCACUGAUGCAGAAUGCUAGAAACUUGGAGACCCUGACAGCUGAGUUUGCAAAGGCUAUUUGUAAAAUGAAGGGGGAAUCAUUAGCAUUCUUGAAAAAGUGUUGGGCAUCUUUGGAAGCUUCUUCUCUGGAUACACUGGUCCAAAUGCUAAAGAAAGCUAUCAUCUCCAUCUCUCAACUGUGUGAUCCGGCUUUUAAAACCCUGAAUCAAGAUCAAUAUAAUAACCUUAAGGCUCUUCUAGAAGUGAUGAAAUAUGUGUAUAAGGCUAACUGUCAACUUCCAGAAAGUACUUUUGUCAUACAUGAGCUUUCUGCCAUGUUACACCCCGAAGAAGAGGAAUUCAAACUGUUCCUUCGGUAUAGCAAUCAGUUACAAGAAUUGCUCACUGUUGUUUUCAGUGAUUUUCUAUUUAGCUUUAAUUUGCCAUCCAAAAUUAUAUUAAUGAAAUGCGACUCAUCUGCAAAACUGAGGUGUGAAGCCAUGGCAUCUCAAGGAAGCAUGAGACCGCAUCUCUUAAUACUCAAAGUCAGACGAAGUCACCUGGUUGAAGACAGCAUGCGUCAGUUAAGACAAGCUGAAUACUCUGACUUUAAGAAACCACUAGCGGUUGAAUUUAUUAAAGAAAUUCGUGCUGAGGGUGGAGGGGUGACUUCAGAGUUCUUCCACCGUAUAUUUGAAGAGAUGACAGACCCCAAAUAUGAAAUGUUCAUGUAUCCUGAUGAGAGUUCCCGUAUGUGGUUUCCAGUCAAACCUAAGUUUGAGAAGAAGAACUAUUUCCUCUUUGGGGUCUUGUGUGGACUCUCCCUAUCCAAUUUAAAGGCUGUCAACCUUCCUUUCCCACUGGCUUUAUAUAAAAAACUUCUGGAACAGAAGCCUUCUCUGGAAGAUUUAAAGGAACUCAGUUUUCCCUUGGGGAAGAGUUUGCAAGAAGUUCUAAAUUGUAAGGCUGGUGAUGUUGAAGAACUUCACAUAUAUUUUUCCAUAUACUGGGAUAAAAAAGAUGCUGACUUAAUUACAAAUGGGAUCUCUGUACCUGUGAACGAAACCAACAAGCAAGACUAUGUUUCUAAGUGUGUUGAUUACAUUUUUAACACCUCUGUAAAGACGAUUUAUGAGGAAUUUUAUAGAGGAUUUUACAAGGUGUGUGACUUGGAUAUAAUUAGGAAGUUCCAGCCCGAAGAACUAAUGACAGCAAUAAUUGGAAAUGAUAAUUGUGACUGGCAACAAUUUGAAAAUAAUUCACGGUAUGUAGAAGAAUAUAACAAAUCACAUCCAACUAUUCUACUCUUUUGGAAGGCUUUCCAUAAAUUAACUUUGGAUGAAAAGAAAAAGUUUCUCUUAUUUCUUACAGGAUCUGAUAGGCUUCAUGUAAAAGACCUACAGUAUGAAGGAAUAAUAUUUCGUUGUCCUCAAACUUUCACUGAAAAGGAUAACCCAAGAUCAUUGACAUGUCACAAAAUUCUAGACCUGCCUAAAUAUUCUACAAUGAAAAGGAUGAAGGAAGCACUUCAAGUGGCAAUCAACAGUAACAAGGGGUUUGUCUCCUAAAGAUGCUGAAAUAAUCACCUCUGAGCAUCAUAAUCACCAGCCUCAGGAAUUAGGUCUUUGACCUUUGGGUUCUUCUGUCUUUCCUUAAUUUAAUUAGUACAAGAAGUUAAAGAAUUUUACUUAGAAUUAGUUGGAUAGUUUUUGGAUAAAGAAGUUAUAAAUUAAUAUUUUUAGUGAAACAUAAUUCUGUAAAACAUUUGCUAUAUUCCUAACUUUGCUAUUAAAAUGUUUGUUUUGACUGAAAUAUUUUCUGAACAACAAUUAGCAUCUAAUACUAUUCUAAAUAUUUAUAAAUAUUCAGUAUUGGGGCUACAGAAAAAGUUCAGUGGUUAAGAGCGCAUGGCUGUUCGUAUCCCACCUUUAAGGCUAGUUCUAGUAUAUCUAACACCCUCUUCUGUCCUCCAAGACACUGCCUAGAUAUGGUGCACAGACAUACAUGCAGACAAAAUGCCCACACAUGUAAAUUAAAAAUAAAUAAAUAAAUAGUAUUUAUUUAAAUGUUAUUGUACCAAUAAUAAACUAUUGAUUUGAAAGAAGGGAUAACUCUGAAAACGUUAGCAAAAAUAUAUAUGUUUUUGUUCAACAUGUUUUGGAGGCAUAUAGAUGUAUAUUUUGUAUUAAGGGUUAUAUUUGGAGUUUUUGAUCUUAGUAAAUGCUAAAUAAUUUAUUUUCAAUAUCUAAGUGUUAAGAUUUAUGAUUGGUUGAACAUAUUUAUACUUAUACUUAUUAAAGUGUUCCUGAAGUUAUUUUAAAUGUAGAUACUGCGCCCAAUCAGGAGCCCUUACCUACUUGUCAUUAUAAAAAUGUAAAGUGAAGAAGCUGAAAUACGUCUUUUUAUGAUGUUAUAGAGUAAAUGAAGCAAUGUACCUACUAUAGAAAAUGACCAAUACAUCUUGAAUACUGGUUUCACUUAAUGUUAAAACAUAAACUGCAUUAUACAGCUUUGAAAUGAUCUCAUAAACUCAUAUAAUCUUUCAUAAUAGUGUCCUAUAUGCUGUGACAGGCACUCAUACAAAAGUUCCUUUCUUGUACCGAUGUUGUAUAAUACAUUAUGAGACUUCGUGUGUGAGUUGUUUACUGGACUCCAGAGGAAUCAAAUAAACUAAUAAAUGUAGAAGAUUA